GGGGAGACCCGUCCCGGGCCGCCCCUCUCCUCGCUCCUAAAAACCCCGGCAUUCCUUCUUUGUGCUGCUGAUGUCACCUGCUUUAAAAGAAAUAGAGUAUUCUAGGAAAGUCGUCCGGACUCGGCCGUGACUCAAAACACACUUGAAAACGAGUUCUUCUGCAGCUGUUUGGUAAACAAUGAAGGUUCUGUUGCUGAAGGAUCCCAAAGACAAAGAUUCAGGACCAGAUCCGUAUAUUAAAGAAUUACUAUUAUAUGGAUUCGAAGCAACUUUGGUUCCAGUUUUGUCAUUUGAAUUCGUAUCUCUUGAAAGCUUAUUUGAAAAGCUCUCUCAUCCAGAAUGUUAUGGAGGCCUAGUUUUUACCAGUCCAAGAGCAUUAGAAGCCAUCAAGAUAUGUUUAAAAGAGAACAGUAAAAAUGAAGCCUGGUCAAAAUCUCUUAAACAAAGAUGGAAUACCAAACCAGCAUAUGUGGUAGGAAAAGCUACAGCUUCUCUAGUGGAAGAAAUUGGUCUUAUUCCACAAGGAGAAAAGUCUGGAAAUGCUGAAAAAUUAGCUGAAUAUAUUUGCUCAAGAGAGAAGCCUAAUUCCUCAGCUCUUCUUUUUCCUUGUGGAGCCCUGAAAAGAGAAGUACUUCCUACAGCACUUAGAGAAAAAGGUAUACCUCUGGAAAGCCUUACUGUUUAUCAAACAACCCAACACACUGACCUGCAAGAAUCUUUGGGCAGUUAUUUCUCACAACAGGGAAUUCCAGCAAGCGUCGUGUUCUUCAGUCCAUCUGGUGUCAAAUUUUGCCUCCAGCACAUUCAGAAGCUUUCGGGGGAUUGUAUCAGCCAUAUCAAGUUUGCUGCUAUUGGUCCGACCACUGCGGAAGCCAUGGAAGCAGCAGGAAUCCCAGUUAGCUGUACUGCAGAGAGUCCGACGCCCCAAGACCUCGCCGCGGGAUCCAAAAAGCACUUCAGCUACAGAACUGCUCUUUAUCUAAAUAAGAGCACAGCACGCGUUUGAAGGUGAAUAUGGCGCUGCAGAAGGCUUUUCCGUUUUGCAGACCUGUUGUCCUGCAAGAAAGUAUUUUUCAGGACUAUGCAACACUCUCCUUGUCAGGGCCUGGUGUGGAAGCUUGCAUCUAAAUAUCUAAGGAAUCUAGAAUUUGUCCAGCAUCUCUUAAAGCAUCUAGCUAUUCCCCUUUUCUCAUGUGUGCAGUGUAGAUACUUUAUGUGGGCAUCCCUUGAAAAUGACUUGCGAGAGGCUAACCUGUAUCAGAGUAGUGUACUGAAUUGAGUUCAGUGUAUCACCUCAGGUAUCUCCUAGCACACGAGGUAAGGAUUUCAUUUCUCUGUAUCAUCAGUUUUAUGGGCACAUCUUUUGCUCUUGUAGAAGAAAAGCAUACUUACAAUGAAGUAUUUUCUGUUGCAAAGCUCACUUGUUCAUUGUUCUGCUUUUCAAAUAUUUAUAUUCAAAUGGUGAUUGUAGAUUCUCAAUGGAAUAGGACAAUUCUUGCAGUGGAGUUGCACUGUGUGGAGCUAAUAGCAGGUCAGCUAUUGCCACUCAGUAUCCUUACAGUACAGGGUCUGAAAAGUUAGUUUUUGCUUUCUAUUCCUGUAAGGAAGGAGGAUUUAUUAACAGAGAAAUAAACUGGCCUAUCAUCGUUAAUAAUGGUGUUAGAGUUGUCUGGUUUGGAUGUGGUUUAUGCUUUAAUUGUUUAUCUGUGAAAGGAGAAAAAGUAAUCCUAUUUAGCGCUAAUGCUACCUUCGCUAAUGCUAAGAAAUUCAUAGAAGAUUUAAAUCAUAAUAUACUCAAUUAUAAUCCUCAGGAAAGUCAUUCAUGUUGUUAGCAUAGUGCUGAGGUUCAUGGAAUAAGAGAGAAAUCCUCGUUUGCUCUAAGUUUCUAUUAGCUUAAUUCUGAGUAUAUGACCUGAAUUUCCAAUGAGGUAAGAUGCUCUGUACCUAGAGUAAGAGUUAAUCUGAACCCAAUUAUGUUAACAUAAAGGGAAGUAAUUUCAAAUUGUGUAUGUGGAUUCGUCAGUCAGGCUGGGCACAAUGAGACAACCGUUUUGCUUUAUAAAGCAGUUCGGUUUCUGGAGAUGAAGGAGAAUCUCAGAAGUAUACUAAUUGCUGGAAGAUAAUGUUCAACAGUGGGAGGAAUACUUCAUCAUUAAAGAAGAACAUCCUGUAGGAUACUAGAAUCGCUAUGGUAACUGGAUGUAGCGGCAGGACCAUGCAGACAUGCCCCAGGGAAAGAAGGAAGAGAAUGAUUACGCAGCAAUUGUUGACUUUGCCCCCCUCCCCUUUUUUUUUUAAAGACGAUUGAAGUUAAGCUGUUGAAUAUUCAGAUUCAGCUGGGUAGCAUCAUUAUAACAUAAAGCGUGCAGUACUGUUCAUCUCUUCAUUCAAAUAUAAAUCCAUGGCAGAGUGAGGAGCUGGACGUCUGUUCCAGGCCCCUGCAGCACUACUCGCAUCUCUGGUGUCUGACAUAGAAGACAGCUGGGAGAAGAUUUGUGCGAGCUAGUGCCUUGGGGAAGCGGAGGACGGGGAGACGGGGUCAAGAGAAGGGAGCAAGAACUGGCAGCAGAAGCCAACUGCGGGCUUGUGCUCCCUUGCACUACACGGCAAAUUCUUUGGCCAGCGUAAGUUACAUCUAGUUGUCUGUCUUACUCAUCAGCUCAGGCCUAUUUCUAUACGUCUUUCCAGCAGAAACUAUCAGUAGCCAUCAUUGCCAAGUAACGCGUACUUAUCACAUUUAAUAUAACUAUAAAAAUGAGGCCACAAAGGGCUCUAGCAGGAAAUCGGGUUGCCCCACGUCUGCCACAUCAGAUAGCGCGCUCCUUCUUGAGCCGUGGCAAAUGGAAGAGAACUCAGGAGACUUGGUCUGCAAUGGAAGAGGUAGAGCUGGCAUUUGCUAUGGGAUGUGGAGGCCACACAAACAGUUGUUCUCACUCGGCCUACAUUACGUCUGAAUCUGAAAUUCAGACACACUCAUUGGGUGUCAAUGAACAACACCAGCUUGAAAAAUACCAGUUUGAAAAUACCAGCUCUAUACCUUGGUUCAUGGUAGUCCUUAGUAAUAGGUGUCAGUCAAGAGAGAAAAGGGAGGGGAAUUGCAGCAGCUGGAGGGCUUUUUAUCCCUUUCCAGCCAGAUCAGCUGAUGUACAGGCCUGGCUUGGCUUUGUCCAGGCAACCCUUCCACAGCUGAAACCACCAUUCCCGGAUCACCGUUGCCACUGAGUUCUCCCCAGGCUGGAGCUGUGGAAUUCAUCUUUUUAGAAGAUCCAUACAAUAUUCCAUAUGAUGGCCCCUCAGUUAUUUUACCCACUACCAACCUGCCUUUAGAGCACGGCGCGAACCUCUUCCCUGCACGCAAACGCUGCUCUCAGGAAGGGACCCCGCUCCCAGCUGCUGCCUUUGCAAUACCGAGUCUGCCGCUGGAAUUAAGUGGCAGGAGCUGUUCUCCUGCAGAGGAUGAGUCUCACCUCACCGCUGUAGCAUUCAUAAACCAGAGAGGGCUUAAGUCUUCUAUUAGUAAGUAAUUAUGCAGGUUACAGACCCGAUCUAGUCUAUGUGACUCAGUGAAGUGCUGUAAAAUAUUACUUGCAUUUUGUUACCAGGAAGCAGGAGGAGGUUACACAGCUUCCCCCAAGACCACAGUAACAGGCUGUUCUUGGUCUCGGAGCUUACGCUGAGGCUCUGCUCCUCAGCUGGCUGACAGUCACAUGCCUGCAGCAGCACACGCUGGUAUCCAUGCUAGCAGCUGCUUCUGAAAUCAGCAGGAUAGGGGAAGGUGUAAAUUUUUUCUUCUGACUACCUUAUACAGCACUCAUUUUAGGUUUGGUUUGUUUUUUUUUUAAUUGCAGGAAAACCUUCCCACUGCUGCCUACUGCCCCUACACACCCCCCCACCCCUUUCCAUUCCUCCCUCCCUCCCUCAACUGUGCCUGCUACCUCAGAUUUUCUCAGGAGAAAGCAAUGCCAGUAAAAAGCACUCAGGCAGGCAAAAUCUCUUCUAAAAAAAAAAAAAAAGCCAUUUAGGCACCUGGCUCAGUCCCAAGAGGACCAGAGAUUACGCUCUGGUCUGACACUUUUCUUUGUGACAGACCACCUAGACCGUCCCUCUUGAAUGAAGUGAAAACCACAGCAGUGCAUGCACUGACUCUUGCAUUAAGAGAGCCUGCGAAACCGCACCCGAUCAAUGGGUUUCGGCUAGACUUUCCCCUUACCAUCAGGAAUCUGCCAGCGGCAGUCAGAUCAGUAGACUGUUCUCUAACCAGGCAUCUCUCUCUCUGUUCUCCGCACCUGAGACCCUGUUACAGGUCUCAGCAGUCAUGCUUCGUCACCCCUCAGCUCCUCCGCUCUGAAGAAGAGAUUUUUGUCAUGAACAUACUUCUUCUACCCCUCAGCAUUGCCCGGCUUCCUGAUGAUAACGAUUCCAAGCAUAGUGCUUUUGGCUAUCGUACUGCAGAAACCCGCUGUUCCGUUUUCUGCAGCUUUGGCCUCCCCAGCAGUGAGGAGGGUGUCAGGGGGGUCGCCUGGAGCCAGCCCCCAGGUGGAAGGCAGGAAAAGACACCGAACCCUAAGCCCCCAGUCUGCCGCCUUUUUCCAACCAGUCAUUCCAAAUCAGAAGGAACAGAACAGAUACAUACGAAGCCUGUCACCUUUCAUCCUCUCACAAGGUGCUUUUGCUUCUUGCAGGUGCAUUUGUGCUCUGUGUUGCACCAGAAAGAUCAGGUUUCUUCUGAAGACAGAGCUAAGGAUGCACUUCUAAAACCAUGUUUAAAUUGUCAGGAGAAAAAUAUCUACAAACUUGGGUUUGCUGGGUGAAAACAUGCCCCACACACAGAAUGGCGUGCUUUUGUAUCUCACCAUGAGAGUAAGAAUCACCUCCUCAAAACAAGCAGCUUAAAUAGUUAAUUCACUACUUGUGUCUAAGUAGAGAGGUUAAAAAAAAUAAAUAUAUGCAUACAUACACACAUGGAAAACCUGUUACUACCUUUAAAUAAACUGUGUUUUAUACAAUAAUGAAUCACAUUUAUUUGUAGAAAAACAUUAAGACAUCAGAUGUUAUAUUUUUGAAAAAUUUCUCUUUAAAUAAUACAUAUUUCCAAAAACCAGAGUCCUCGCAUGCUGAGCUAAGACUACACUCAUUUGCUCAGCCUGAUUUUACAGUUCGCUUCUCUGAUGAGGGCCAUAACAG